UUUAAAUGUAUCCAACAUUAUAAUAACUUUUAAAGUUUUUCUUAUAGUAGUGGUGUAUCGCCUGGAAAAUAUAUAUAAAGGGAAGAUAGGGAGAAUCAGAGACUCCACUUUCUCUCUCUCUCUUUUUCAUCCACACACUUUUUUAGUCAUCUCACUAUCACUAUGGACAAGACGUCUUCAUUCUCCAUUCAGAAAGGGAAACCGAUUAGAUGCAAAGCAGCAUUAUGUAGAAAAGCAGGGGAAGCACUGGUGAUGGAAGAGAUCCAAGUUGAUCCACCUCAAGCUUACGAAGUACGGAUUAAAAUCAUAUGUACUUCUCUUUGUCACACUGAUGUUACUUUCUGGAAGUUAGACAGUGGGCCGCUUGCAAGGUUUCCUAGAAUUCUCGGACACGAAUCUGUCGGCUUGGUCGAGAGCAUUGGUGAACACGUGGAUGGAUUUAAACAAGGUGACGUUGUAUUACCAGUGUUUCACCCUAACUGCGAAGAAUGCAAAGACUGCAAAUCCUCAAAGAGCAACUGGUGUGCGAGAUAUGCCAACGAUUCUAUAUCAAACACGAGACGAUAUGGAAUGGCUUCUAGGUUCAAAGAUUCUACUGGAGAAGAUAUCCACCAUUUUCUCUUUGUUUCCAGUUUCUCUGAAUAUACCGUGGUAGAUAUCGCACAUCUCGUAAAAAUCUCUCCUGAUAUCCCAGUUCAGAAAGCUGCUUUGCUCAGCUGCGGUGUCUCCACAGGAGUUGGAGCAGCUUGGAAGGUGGCUAACGUGGAGGAAGGUUCCACCGUUGCUGUCUUUGGCCUCGGUGCCGUGGGACUUGCGGUUGCCGAAGGAGCUAGGCUGCGUGGGGCCGCGAAGAUCAUCGGUGUUGAUCUCAAUCCUGAUAAAUUCGAGUUAGGUAAGAAAUUUGGUUUCACGGAUUUCGUCAAUCCUACUUUGUGCGGAGAAAAGAAAGUUAGCGAGGUGAUCAAAGAAAUGACAGGAGGAGGAGUUGACUACAGUUUCGAAUGCGUUGGUUUACCUUCUAUACUAAGUGAGGCUUUUAUCAGCACCCGCACGGGAUCAGGAAAGACGGUAAUGUUAGGGAUGGGGAAGCAUGCAGCGCCAAUAAGUUUGGGUAGUUUUGAUCUUCUAAGUGGUAGAACUAUUUGCGGAAGCUUGUUCGGGGGUUUGAAAUCUAAACUGGAUAUUCCAGUUCUCGUGGAUCAUUAUCUAAAAAAGGAGCUUAAUCUGGAUAGUUUUAUUACACACGAGUUGAAAUUUCAGGAAAUCAACAAGGCUUUCGAGUUGUUAGAGGAAGGAAAGUCUCUCCGCUGCAUCAUAUGGAUGGAUAAGUAAUAAGUUGCUAGUCAAUCUUUAAAGACCAGUUAAGAUCCUGGGGGGGGGGCGGUGGGGGCUUCUUUCUUGUAGAACCAUGUCGGUUUGCUCAUCUUUUAUUUUUCAUUACUUCAUCUAAGUGCUCUAGUUAGAUGCUCCAUCCAAAUGAUUUAUCUGAAUAUUGUUUGUUUAAAAAAUUAAAUCUUCAUUUGGAUGGAGUAUCUGAAAUUUUUUUUGUUUGUUUGCUUAAUAGUUGCAAAUCUCUAUUUUCAUCUACAUAUUUUUUAAUAAAUAAGAUGACUAAACUAUUUUAAUUUUUUAUU